AUGGCCGUGCUCUGCACCGGGUCCCUGGACCUCCAAGUGGCGGGCAGUAUGAGCUACCUUCACUCGACCGAUGUACCCUGGUACAAGACGUGUCUGGCGGCCAGCGAAGUGUCGUGGCUAGUCGCCAUCGUCAACGACGUCUUGAUGAUCUGGACCAAAGAACACACAGCGCUGUACGUGACACCCAACGGGCGUCUCGUGACCGGCACGACCGCACUCCUAAGUAUGGUGUCGCCCGUGACGCACACCGCGCCGCUCGGCCAUGCGUGUGACAUCGCGCAAGUCGACUUUCAAAUCGUGUGCACGGGCGGCGACGUCGUCAUUGGCGUCAGAAGCCGCGUCGCCCUACUCGUGUUGUUGGUCGGCGUCUUGAACGUCGCAACGUUUGGCUUUAUGCGCUGGCUCGUGCGCAAGCCGCCAAAGAACCACGCCGAGUCGCUCCUGCUCUACGCCGGCGCCAAGUACCUUUUUCUGAGCGCCAAGUGGAUUUACAAGGACGUAUACUACCUCGACCGCGCGUCCGCCGCCCUCAACGGACUCGUCUCGGUGCGCUACAACGGGAGCUAUUACGGCCUCGACAUCAAGACGUGGCGAACGUUUACGCUCACGCAACCGAGCGUGCCAGAGAUACCGUCGGCACACGCUUUGUUUACGCCGGCGAUGCAUGCACUGCCGCUGGCGUGCUUGUUGGACCUCAGCGAAGCGAAGAGGCUAUAA